AUGCCCAUCAGGGGUGAUUUUGGGAGGUUGGGUCAUGGAAACUCUAGUGACUUGUUUACUCCUCAGCCAAUCAAAGCACUACAAGGUCUACGGAUAAGGCAAAUUGCUUGUGGGGACAGCCAUUGUUUGGCUGUGACCAUGGAAGGCGAUGUGCAGAGGUUGGUUGGCUUCCCUGGUGGUGCUUACAGAUUUAUAUAUUUCAAUACUUAUAUCCUUUCCUUGCUUUAG